GUCCAGAUUACAGUCUCUAUUGCAGAUGAAUAUGGGACCUUUGCCUUGCCAGUUGUGGAAGCUGUAUCAAUGGAUCUCUGCUCCAGUGCUGGAUAUUUGACGCCCUCAGACGAUGCUUCAGUCUGCAGUCAUGGCCACGAUGAUUUUCCUGUGCUCCCAUAUGACACUCUUAUUCCAUUCCUGCCCCUUCAACACUUUGACUACGCUGACCAGGCUAAAUGGGCCUCGCUGAUGAAGGAUAUCGAAGCAUGGCUCGUUGAUCAGGUGAAUUGCCAAAUGCAGCUGUGGACAUGGGGACGCGAUGCGUUUUGGCUUGCUUUCAUUGCGGCAUAUCCAUCAUUCCCAGGGGGCUCGUGGCCAAAGUGGGAUUCCCGAAUUCCAUUGGAGGGUACGUUCAUUGAGCAGUGGUUAGAACGGUCAGGUGAU